CUCCUGACCGCAGGUGAUCCAGCUGUCUCAGCCUCCCAAAGUGCUGUGAUUACAAGCAUGAGCCACCCUGCCAGCCUGGUGGUUGACUUUAUAAAUAACUGCAUGGGCAGAUGGCUUCAAACGUGUUUGCUCAUCCAUGAAAUGGGGGUCCCACUAAGAAAACCACGUGAAAAUUCUUGGAGGGAGACCAGAGCUGGGGGCAUGCGGCGGGACCCUUCCUCCCUACCCACCCCCCAACCAGCCCGUGAGCCUGGAACCUCCACACCCCUUUCAGAGGCAGCUGGAGGAUCAGCAGCCUCCCCCGGACUGAACACACACAAAGAGCCCAGGGGCACCUGGCCACUCCCCGCCCAGGGGAAGGAAGAAAAAGUUAGAAAGAAGUUACUAAGUUACUGGUAACUGCUAGUCUUUGGAGGUGGGGUUUCCAACCCUUCCUCCCCAUCCACCAGUUGGGCUGGAGGGCAAAGGACUCCUACAAGGAGGGGAGGCAGGGUAGCCCCCCAAUUCCCUGGCGAUGUGUACAUGGGGGUGUGGGGCACAUCUUUGGGUGUCCCACCUGUGUCCCACUGGCCCCCAGCACAGCCAGAGGCCAUGCAAGCCCUUGGGAGGUGCAUUAAUGGGGCACCAAGCCCCCCUGUGACAAUAGGGAACCUCCCACAGCCUGCUCCUCCCUCUUCACACCCACUUGGAAGUAAAAGGAGGGUCGGCCAGCCCAGACUCCCAGGCUCCGGAGAGGGGAAGGAAGGGGCAGCAGAGAGGGACAGAAGGCGGGAGCGUGGGCCAGGCAGGGUUUCUUGUCGCUGUAUCUCCCAGCUAUGGGGACCUUUGACCUGUGGACAGAUUACCUGGGUUUGGCACGCCUGGUUAGGGCUCUGAGUGGGAAAGAGGGGCCUGAGACUAGGCUGAACCCCCAGCCAGAGCCAGAGGAGCCAGUGCCAGAGCCGGUGCCAACACCAGGACCCCAGGAGGAGAAGCACUGCCUGGAGCCCUCGCCAGCUCCCGAACGCCUGUGUUCUUUCUGCAAACACAACGGGGAGUCCCGGGCCAUCUACCUGUCCCACGUGCUGAAGGACGAGGCUGGCAGGGUGCUGUGUCCCAUCCUGCGGGACUACGUGUGCCCCCAGUGUGGCGCCACGCGUGAGCGCGCCCACACCCGACGCUUCUGCCCGCUCACCGGCCAGGGCUACACCUCCGUCUACAGCCACACAACCCGAAACUCGGCGGGCAAGAAGCUGGUCCGGCCUGACAAGGCGAAGACACAGGACUCGGGCCACCGCCGAGGAGGAGGAGCAGGUUUCAGAGGUGCCGGGAAGUCUGAGCCUUCGCCCUCCUCCGGCUCUCCUUCCAUGUCCACCUAGGAGGCCGGUGCGGGGAGGCCGCCUACACCGGGGGAAGGGCACCUGGCCUCUGCUGAAUUUCCAGGAAGAUCACCUUAGGAGGACCGUCCCUACUCCCAGACCCUUCCCCCAGUUUGGGCUUGAUCCCUGGGACGCAGGUGCUGUCUGGGGUUGGCGAAGGAACAGCUGAAAUCGCCCCGCCCUUUCUGCCAUGGUGUGUUCCGCCCACAGCUGCCAUCUCCUGGACGCUGGGCAGCCAGUCAGCACUCAAUAAAUGCUUAUUUAUGGAUCAGCGACGGACAAGGCCUGGUCUUGGGACAAGGUGUAGUGUGAACCUUGCUGGGAAUCCUGUACCCAGAUCUCCCCUUGUUCUCUGAAUUCCGGGAUCCUGAGGUGCCAGGGUGGGCUGCUUUGUGCAGAGAAACUUUGGGGUAGCCUGGGGGGUGGGUUCCAGCACCUCAAAACCAGAUUGAGAUCAUGAGACCCUUUCUGUGGACAUUUGGUCUUUCCAAACUCCCCUCCAGCCACCCCCUGCACUGACAUGUAAGAUGGGUGGACUCUCCCCAUCUCACCCCCCCAGCCCUGUACUGGAGGUGGGGGCUUCAUUUGAGGAAGAAAUUGAGGGACAGCUAGACAGAGACCCCCCCAUCCUCCUCAUGAAGGAAGGUGAAUGUGUGUUAUGGAUAUACCAGUGAGAAGCCGAGCAGUUUAGAGCAAGGGAGGGACACUUAGGGGGCAGAGAAUGGGACC